CACCCUCUCCCUCUCCCUCUCCAUCUCUGAUUCUAUUCUUCCAUUCCAUCCAGUCUCUCAUCAUAAUUACACCUUCAAGACACAAAUCGACCAUACAAAACAGACCUAUCUACACUUCAAACAUUACACUCUCAUCAAUCAUCAUGCCUGGAUACAUCGUCACCCUCAAAUCCGACUCCACCGACGAGCAAGUCGCUGCCGCAAAGCAGGACGCCGUCAAGCAAGGUGGAAAGAUCGGGCAUGAGUACAACUCGGUGUUCAAGGGCUUCUCGGUCACUUUCGACGAGGGCACAGUGCACACUCUGGAUGCCAAUGAGCAUGUCGAGGCCGUCGAGGCGGACGGAGAGGUGAAGACCCAGUAGAGGGGUAAUGGUAUACGCGCAUAGCAUACGGAUUAUGGUUGAGCGUCAAUGAUUAAGCGUGUGGGCUGACGGAUAAUCGAUGAAUUACCUC